AUGAUUUAUGAUGGGCUUUAGUUAAAAUAAAGAUGUAUUGAGAGCUGAAAGAAAAGAUUUGUACCGAAAGAAAUUAUUCAAAGUUAGAGUACCACGAAUUGCGGCCAGAGUUACACAUAUGGGCUGUUUAUUUCUACAACGAGCUCUUAGAGUCGUCAAUGAGAGAAGUUGGGAUGCUCCUGUUCUAUUGGCGAAUUAACCCUCCAUUUGUAAUCAGACUAAAGGAGUGAUCUUAAUUUAAAACCAUUGUAUCCGCAUUCAGCUAAAAGAGGGAAAUGCGUGCGAUUGUUAGGAGAGACAUUCUGCAGAUUCAGGUUCGCAUGCUGUUAAUAGAGCAUGCCCUCGGUCCUCAAUCACGGACCUGCUUCGGUUUCUUCAACUUCCUCGAUGAAAUUUCAUCAAUUUUUUACGAGGUGCAAGACGUCUGCCCAUGAAUCUAGGCUGCCCAGAGCUCAUGAUCAAAAAUAGGCAUUUUCUAUGAUGCAUCGACUGGAUAACAAUGCCCAAUUCUAAGAGAAAAGUAUGCUGAGAAGAAUCAAUAAAACUGAGAAGAUUCAGACAGCACCCUGGCGAUGGCUUCCUGGUCGUCCUUACAGGAAGCGACGAUGGCGUUCUUCGCGCGGAGGAUUUCAUCAAAGGAUGCGCCCUCAGACACUCCCAGUAGCUUCAACGCGCUCUCCAGAGACAUCUCAUACGGCGUCGACGAGUCAUCGGCCCGAAACCCCGCUGAGGAAGUCACGAUUCGGCUCCCCGGAGAAGUCCUCGUCGGCGAUGGAAUGGUGGUGACGCCCCACCACCGCCUCCUCUUACCCACCGGCCCGGGCCAGCGAUCCGCGAGGCCGGCGAGCACAGACCUUGAGGAUGACGACGAUCCGGCGCAGGGGGCUGCCGCCGCGUUGGGGAGGAUGAUGGCGCGGUUUAACGCGAGAGCGGCUGCCAUUGCUUCCCUUCGCCGGCUCUCCCCCUCCUCUCCCUCUCAGUUACCUAUUUCGUUACUUGUCUGUUUUCUGUUUUUUAUAUGGAAGACGAGAUCUUUUAUGAAUGAAACCAAAAACGCCAAAAUAGGAAUAAGAGAGAGAGAGAGAGAGAGAGAGAGAGAGAGAGAGAGAGAGAGAGAGGAGUACCUGGUCAGCAACAAGCCAAGGAGCCGCCUCUGAAAACCAUUCCGGGCCGAGUCCAACGAUCGGCCCAGAAACAAAGCGGGCUCCUCCGCUGCUCUCAGCCACCGUAUCCUGGUCGGGCUCCUCCUCUCUCGAGCCGAGGAUCUUUCCCUGUCUAGUCGCGCUCAGCGGAAGGUCGUCGUGGUCGGUUCCGGCUGGGCUGACCUUGCCUCUGCACACCACCUCACCAAGCAAGCCCACAAUUGCUUGCUUCUCUCUUCGAUUUCUGUACUUUAUGAAGUUAUGACGCUAACCCAAGAGAAAGGAGUGGCUUCGUCUCUGUCUUGGGUGUUUCAGGGGUUUCGAUGUUACAGUUCCUGAUGCGGGGAGCUGCCCUGCUGAGGAAGUAGAAACAAGUGCUUAAUCUUUUACCUCAAAUGCGUCUAUGGUCGUCUAAGAACUAUCCUAUAAGAACUUGCAAUCUUAUAUGAGAGUUCUUGGCAUCUCCGUCUUUUCUUGCCAUUUUCAUGAAGCAUUUAUGCCGCCGUUUAUACCAGGCGCGAGAAGCUUGCUGAGUUGGUUCUAAUGCCCAUGAAACGCUUCGCCAAGGCGUGCAUCUUUUGGAUGAGACGACAAGUUAGUGCUCUUUAAACUUCCUCUAUUCAUAGGAAUUCGAUACUAUUCAAGAACCCACGACUGUCGCAUUUAAUAUCGAUGCCCAGCCUCUGUCUGACACUUUUCCACUCAAUAUCGGUUAUGGCUCUCGUUGCUUACACCAUCACAAGGGAGAAGGACGACGGGCUCCCAUGCAACACAACGCAUGGAGAGACACCUUACAUGGGAUCAUGCCUCCAGUGGAGGUAACGGUAGCCUCAAUGUACAUUUGUUCAAAGGAAACUAUGGACGCAGUGGGCACCUGUUCCUAACAGGAACUGUAUAGAUUUUCGGGAAAACUUUCUUCAAGGCGAAAAGAGCAAGCUGUAAUUUAAAUAACCUUCAAUUUUUUUGUUAAGGGAGUUACCUACCUUCCCAUAAGAACUUCUUCAGCGAUCAACAGUUCGAUACUAGUUUUCAAAGGAUGGCUAAUCACUUUGUGUAUAACACAGGCUUUUGGUAUCCCUAUAGCAACAUUUUUUCUCCUUUGUAGAAGAGCUUGGUAGCCAGCCACACACGAAGUGGGCUAAAUCGGAACAUUAUUCUCCAGAAGGAAAGAACGUUUGCUGCUUUUAUUGGGUCUAGUUUUUUCUAUUAAAUGCCCAAUUUCUUAUUCACCGCUGUAAAAACUAUGAUAAUUUCGGACUGGUCAGUAUACUUGUGGACAUCACUGAAAGGACAUAUGGUCUUCCACAGUUCGCGCUUCCAGUAUUUCAGGGUCUACCUCAACUUCCAGCGCCCUUCAGUGCAUUAUUGUACCCUCGAGUACAUGACAUCAUUCUCUUGCGCCAUUCUGAGGUGCUAGAGUUUUCUUAUCUUCCGACGAUAGUCAGAAGUUUUCUCUUCGGACGUAGUUUCCGCACCUUCCUUUGGUCAAUCGUCUGUCAGCAGUUCCUCUUAUUGGUCCGGGUAUCGACAUUCUUAGCAAUGUUUUGAUCACCUUAUUCCAAACAUGUAUAUUUUAUUCAAUAAAAACUUUAAUUUUCUUGAAGAAAAUGUUUUUGGCUGGUCUUGACGUGUUCUGUGCUUUGAAUGUGCGGCGAUUGACUUUGACAACACAGCAGUUUCUUGGGGGAAGUAUGAUUCAAGUGAGAGAUUGAACUAGGUGAAAAGAAGAUAGAUAAUUUUACUUAUCCUGACGACGAGCAUGAUUUAUAUCGCUGAUGAAGCAUUCUAAAAGAGAAAUCUUGCAAACCUUAAUCAGAAAUCUCAAAUGACAGUGACUAAGAGGUGGCUUUUUAAAGAGUUUGGCUGCUCCGGGGGUUUUUGGUCCGACGGUGCUGCUGGGAUUGUCCGCUCCUGCAGAGCAAUGCAGUGCACCUGCAACACUGGGAAUGCUUUAUUAUUGUGUAUUUGUUCAGGUUCGAUUUCUGGGCUUUCACGCAAAAUUUGUAUUGCAUUAACGUAAUCUAUCUGAAUUAUGGAAUAUAUUAUGGGAUAUUACUAAUUCUUGCAUCAUUUUCUUGUUGUUCCCUGGUUUCAAAAAAUACCAAAACUUUGAUGUAUCAUGGUGUCGGGGAUCUGUAAAAGAGAUGAUUUUUAUUCCAUGGGUGGAGCCUAUGAACUCGGAAGGACGUAAAUUUGAUGAAUUCCAGAGAAUAUGAAAACCACGGAUGCAUUUCUGGAGUGGUUUGUGGAGAGGAUGCUCAUGAAUUUGACGCCAUAGUAUUAGUUGCCGAUAUUCAUAAACUUCAUUCAAUUGUUACAAGCAGAUAAUGAUUGAUACAUCUGUCUGUAUAGAGAGAAUGAUAUCCCCUUGUCUUCGCUCGCCCUCUCCUCUGGUUAGACAUCCGUCAACCCAUCCCUAAUUUUGAUAAUCACUGUCAAUAUUAAGAAAUAUGUAGGUUUAACCUGCAUAGAAAGGAGGAAUUCCUAAUGCGAUGAAACUUUCUUCGCGUGAUGCAGUGUCUGUCAAGAUAUGGAUGGAUGGAAAGGUGGGUUUAGUCUCUUUCUUAUCUUUGUGCUGAUUGAGUAAUACUGGGCUUUGAUUUAGUCGGCAAAUCGUCUGUGUAUAAGUCCAUAUCUGAAAGGCUUGCAAUAUUUUCAGUGGCCAUUUGAGGAUUUAACGGCGGCAUGGACAUUCCUUGACUUGAAUGUCAUUUUCGAUGAAUAUCUGGAUGAAUCUUCAACAGUCUUAAAGGCUGAUUUUAUGAGUCGAUUGCGCUUUGUUACUUUAUCUUGUGAUGCCUAAAUCGCCAUACUUCACAACCGUUGCUCCUAAGAGAUGAGAAAAUCGUGAAGAACCUUUCCAACUGCUUCAAAGACUUAGAGGAGGCGAAGAAGUUUUUAGAUAUCCAGCUCUGUACCCCACUUAUUCCCAGGUGAUUCCUGAGGGCGCCGAGAAUAUGAUCUUGCCUUUUUUAUAGAUUAUUUAUGCUGUUGAAAUGAAAACUUUGUUGGAUAUAAAUUGCGAUUAGAUAUAGAAUGCAAAGCACUCACAAGUAGGCUAGAGAAGAAUGGGGAUGGACCAUUACUUCCUAGCUCAACGCUUUGACAGAAAAUUCUUGCCUUUAUGGAUUUUUCCUGCAAAGUUUGAGCAGGUUCUUAUCGACCAACCUUCCUAUUUUCUCUCUGAUCAUGAUGAGAUUGCUGCGCAUUCAUUAAAUCUUUUCUUCUUCUAGGCCGCAGCAGUCCAGUAGGUUAUUAUCCUAAAAUGGAUCCGGGAGCUUAAAUAAAGAAAAUCGUCAGUAGCCAUACACUAGAAGAAAUCAUAUUUAUUAUUCCUAUUUAUAGGAAUGUAGAGUUAAGGCUUCUUGAUCAUUGAGACCAUCUCUCUUUUUCCGUUUUAGGCUAUUUUAUCUCUACGAUCAUUAGUUAUUCGUCCACAAUGGAUGCCUGCCUUUUUCGUGAUUUCUCUCUCGAUGUAGAGCUAGCUUAUUUCUCUAUAAAAUACCACUAUUUCUCCCCUCCUUUGAUUAUAAAAUAUUCAAUUUUUUUGGUUUCAAUUUUUAUUUUUAUUUGACGCUAUGCACUCCCUCUUUUCCGAUUGUGGGUUAGAUUCAAUCAGAAUCUGAUGUUUACUUCCACGUAAACAUCAGAUAUACGAUGAGGAGAGCAACUUGAUUUGCAGACUUGUUCGUGGCUGGAGACUCGAUGAUGACCCGUACAAUCGAUCCUGCUCACAAGUGGAGUAUCAAGAUCUCCUGGCAGUCAGUCUUUUGCGUCCACUCCAGGGAGCCAUGCUUCUUCGGCAAUAGUCACUAUCGGAGGGCCUUGACGAGGAAAAGUUAGGUAUGGCUCCUGAAAAUCAGAAAUGGCUGAGGAUGCCUCUUUACGCCAUUACAGAAGGCCCUUGGUUCAGUAUCUUCCUCUUUAUGAGAUCAUGGGCAGAGAUCGUUCCACGAGAUUGUGAACGGCGUGGUAUGCUCCUUACCCAUCAUUAGAAGGCAUUCUGCGCAAUAUUUUUCUCAAUGGAGGAACAGGGAAUUGCUUCGCGGAAAGUGCGCCCAAUGACCGCCAUGGUGCACUUAAAAAGUUUGGCAGAAACGUAAUCUGAAAGUUCCAUCGCCCGCAUCUCAUUUCCACAGGACAAAGCUGUCAGUGGAGGGGACUCGAAGUUGCGCAGAUCGGUUCCUCGACCACCUCCGCGAGGGGAGCUUCGCCGUGGACGAGGGUGGGUAAGGCCCCCAUAGAAGCAAUGCGAGGCAACAACAUGACGAGGGCGCCGCAGCUCCCCUUGUUGAUUCGAGACGAAGAAUGGGCAUUCUGAGGAGUUUUUAGACGAAGAGCUGUGGGCUUCAAUGAUUGAAGUACACCGAUGACUGGACAGGCAUCGGGAGGAGGCCGACAGUACACCGCGACUGAAUGAUUAGUUCGUCAUCUGCCGUUCUAACAAGGCAUAAAGGGGGGGUCUUGAACUCCGGAACGGGCGAGCUCCGUGGUGGGAAGUGGCCAUUAUUGUAGACCCGAUCCCUAAUUAAGGUGGUGGGUGGGCGAGGAGCAGGAACAUACCAAAGAAGGGAAGGAUCAAUGAAUCCUACGUUUGAGGCCCACUCAUGGUGGCGAAGCUUAUUUAAAGCGUUGGCCGGAAGAGUUUGUUCCUUCGGUCAAUGUCUCAUACUGACUCAAAUCUGACGAUAACCAGCCACCGUGGAUGUGACAUUUGACUGGAAGAGCUCAUUUGAUAUUUGACAAAACCUGAUCUCAAGAGUUUUCAAACGCACCCUGUUUACCAUAUGAGAGAGAGAGAGAGAGAGAGAGAGAGAGAGAGAGAUGCUGGCCAGGGUGAUUUCCUUACUUACCAACGAUGCGACAAAAAGGCGACAUUUUUCGGAUCAAUUCCACUUUUGGUAAUUAAAUUAGCAGAAAAACUGGCCCAUAUCGUUGAAAAUAAUGCCCCACGCGGACGUCGUCGUGGGCGAACAUCAAUGUUAGGUUGACUAGGCCAAUACGGAACUCUUGCGCAAGCAAGGGUAUAUUCCACAGGACUCUCACGUUCACAUUCUAGAGAGAGGAAGGGAGAACCUGGUGAGAUCAAUUAUUUAUCCCUCUCUCUCUCUCUUCGCAUAUCACGUAUUUGAUGCGAAGAGAGAUGACGAUACUUCUAGGUGGGUGACUUCGCCCUCUCAGAAUCCAAUCGCAUUCUCUGUACUGAAGGGAGAAUGAAGUAUAAGUGGCGAUACUCAUUAUGGAAAAGAGAUCCGACAAGUCUCUGUAAGCUUUAAUCUAUUCCUGCAUAUCACGUAGAUUUCAGUUUCUUUCUGUUCAAAGCGAUUACUUAUUUUAUUAUGCAUUAUUCCCUACCUUAUUCUUCUACGCGUGAUAGUUAGCAAAUGACGCAUCGUGGGCACGGCGAUCUGCUAAGUUUAGUCGCAACACGUCAGAACUUUCCUGAUGAAAUGGGCUAUUUUUUUUGUCUAAACAUUUUUAAUGAGAUGGCAUUGUUUGAUCCAUGCAAACAAUGUGCAUUGAUUACCAGUCUAUCUAGAGAGAAUCACUUUCAGCGUGACUAAUGGCCUUCCAACCCUGUGAACAAGUUUACACAGUCUUGCAGAGCCCUCAGAGUAAGAGCUCUCUCUCUCUCUCUCUCUCUCUCUCUCUCUCUCUCUCUUGUUCUCUUUCUCUAUUUACCUAUCUUUCUGCCUAUGCAAGGAGUCGAAGCUUGCUGAUCGACAGUAGCUUAGGCAGGCCAUGUGGCAGUCGGACAGCUCACGUUGGGCUUCCACCGACCGGGAUGAGAGAGACCACCGGCGCAUAUAUAUGCGAGGCUCUCAGGAAGAGGAGAAGGCGGCAGCGGCAGAGUGGAUCCCCGGCAGGAGGUUGGUGGGCGAGUGGACGGCUCCAGCGGGGUAUGCCGGUGGCCGCCUACAAGUCAUGACGGCAUAACGGGCACGAACCAUGCCGGAUGAGCCAGUCAUCAAUGCACGGCAGAUGGAACAUGUGCCCGCAGUGGGGCAAGCAGCGCACUAUCUCUCCAGCUUGAAGGUCCUACAAGGAAGGGCGGACGCGUCGAUGUUAGGAGGCAUCGUGGAAGAAUAAUGGCCGUAGUAGCUGCGGCGGUGGCCGGAGCUCGCCUCACCUGCAGGCACACCGAGCAGCAGAGCUUCUCUCCCGAGGAAUCGGCGAGGUUCUCCACGGUGAGACGGAUCUUGGAGAUCCUCUCGACGGAGGCCCUCGCCAUGCCCUUCGUCCCUCCGGUCUCGAAGAUGUCCGUGGCCUCCCGGAAGGGCGUGUUCCUGGCGCUCAUCUGUGGAGACAAACCCAGUCAAUGGCGGAAGAUCCUCGGGAAAUCUAAUCGGAGUUUCGGUUUUUGUAUCUGGCCAUCUCGCCGUCGCGGCGAAGGUGUGUACCUGGCUUUGUACUGCGCUUUGCACUGCCGGGCCGACGUCUUCUCGGACCAGCCUCCCGCUGAACAGGCUUCCGAUGAUGUCGAUCUGCGACAGCAGCACGAUGGGGAAUUUCAGUGAAUGCCGAACUGAGCGGAACAAACUAUUAUUGUUGAUGAUAGUGGAGCUGGUGCAGCGGCGAGAGGAGGAGAGAGGACGGGCGUACCACGAAGAGGAUACUCCAGAUCCCCGACCCGUGGGAGCGCCAGAUGACCAGACACGACUCCACGACGUCCAUGGAGAAGACGGCGCCGGAUAUGGCACCGAUUCCCGCGCCGCAGAAGAAGCCGCUCUCCGUGGCGAGGCCCAUGAUGGCGCCUGUGAUGGCCCCUAUGAAGGAGCCCACUGCGGCAAGACACGGUAGAACACAGAGGACGACCUUCGUCAGCGGAGUUCCCCAAUCAAGUGUGAAGUAA